AUGAUUGCAAGCGUGGCUUCCUUUGCUAAGCAUCGCAGCGAUCGCAGUCUCCAGGACCAUCGGCAGCUUAUUGACGAGAUCCUUCACGAUAAGCCAUGGACAGAGGAUGCGAAGAUGACCUCUAUCUUUGAUAAACUCCCGGCCGAGAUCAUUCAUCAGAUCUUAUCCCACCUCUCUGCCCGAGACCUCACUCGCGUGUCCAGCACCUGUCGCAUAUUCGCCGAGCAUGGCUCAAAUGAUCGCUUAUGGGCGGGCCUCGUCAACUCACAUCUGCCCUUUCCCAUUCCUGAUCCGGGCCCCUUCAAAUCUUUCCGUCGCCUCUAUCUCGCUCACCUCCCAUAUUGGUUUAUCCCUCAGAGUCAGAUCUGGUUUUCAGAUACCGAAGCCCACGGUAAUCUGAUCCUAGCUCGUUAUGAUAACCGGCGAGGUGUAAUAGAAGCCUAUCGUAUUAUCGCCGAUAGGGGUCAACCUCAGUUUCAUAUUUGGGAAGCAAAUCCAGACGUCAUGAUUCAGUCCUUUAGCCCCAAGGUGGGUCUGUGGCUCGAUGAUCCGGUCCUCCUUUUGAGAGACGACGCACCCAACAACGCGAUAGCCGCCUGCCAGGAGUGGCAGCCGGAUCGCCGAAUGUCGAUGGCUGCUGAAUCUCAGCAUGUUUUUAGUUCGCUCAUGCUCUGUGCAAGGGAACAUCCCCAAAACACAGUCGUGAAUGAGACGAAACUCUGGCCACCCAGGACGAUCCCUAGUAGGCAACGUAUUUUUCGAGAUGAUUCGUCGCAGAAUCUCCCAUUACCCACCUCUGCGUCGCAGGCAUCUGACCUGGGAUUCCGUAUCAAACGUUGGGCCAACUUUCGGCUUCCGAUUGCAUCUGGAGGCAACGAAGCAAUAUCGAGCUAUGCCACGAUCGAUCCUAUGUGGUAUAUUCCGACAAGGGAAAAACCAUAUCAAGGACUCUGGGUCGGAGAUUACUCUGCCCAUGGAUGUGAAUUCCUUCUGAUCUAUCAAAUUGAUGAAUCCCCGACUACCACACCCUCAGCCCCGUAUAAUGAAGAGGAUGAUUCUGAGGAGGUCAAGGGCGCCUUGAGGGCUAUUAAACUCACAGGUGAUCCGAAUGUGCCCCGUGGCGAAAUUACAUUCGUUGCUGAGGAUAUUGGCCCUGGAGGCCUUGUCCGUGUGGCCGACGAAGAACCAUUUGAGGGCGCUCGUAUCGUAAAGUGCUUGGGGCAUGUUGCUGGCAUUGGAUUCCGCGAUGAUUCUUUCAUCUCAUCACAACUUAUUCUCGUCUCUACCGACUACAUAGCUCAUUAUUGGGAAGAGAUGGGCCACAUCUCGUACUUUCGCCGUGUGGAUAUUGACACACUUCUACGAACAUGA